CGCCGCUACCUGCUUGUACCACCUCGUUCCUUUCUCCCCGCUAGCUUGAACCAAGUCCGCAGCAUGUCCCAACCCGCAUGGAAGAGUUUCGGUCCCGCGCCGACACCAAAGCCCUUCCGCCUCGCGCUUAUACAGAUGCUUGGGAGCAAGGACAAGGCGUACAAUCUCAAGCACGCGAGGGAGCUGAUCUUCAAGGCCACAGCAGGUGAUGGGAAGAAAUCGGACUUGGUCGUGCUCCCGGAAUGCUUCAACUCGCCGUACGGCGUGACGCACUUCCCGGAGUUUGCAGAGUCUAUCAACUUUGACCCGGAGAAGAAGUAUGAUAUUAUCACGAGCCCUAGUGAAACCGUGCAGGCUCUCUCGACUGCGGCGAAGGAAGCGGGCAUCUGGUUAAUUGGAGGCUCCAUGCCCGAGAGGGACGGUAACAAGCUGUAUAAUACUGCGACAGUGUACAACCCCUCUGGUGAGCUCGUCACCAUACAUCGGAAAGUACAUCUGUUCGAUAUCGAUAUCCCUGGCAAGAUCACAUUUAAGGAGAGCGAAUCGCUAACAGGUGGCAGCAAGCUGACGUAUUUCGACGCCAACUUUGGCCGAAUAGGAUUGGGUAUCUGCUACGACAUCCGCUUCCCAGAACAAGCGAUAAUUGCCGCCCACCAAGGUUGUAUCGCUAUGAUCUAUCCUAGCGCAUUCAACAUGACAACGGGGCCGCUGCACUGGGAGCUGCUUCAGCGUGCCCGGGCGGUGGAUAAUCAGAUGUAUGUGUCAAUGUGUAGUCCGGCGAGGGAUAUGUCAGCGGAUUACCAUGCAUGGGGGCAUUCUACGAUCAUCGAUCCUUACGGGAUCGUCGUUGCCACUAUCGACGAGAACGAAGGAGUUGUAUAUGGUGAUAUAGACCCUCAGAAGAUCGCUGACAUGCGCGCGGGUAUUCCAGUAAGGAGCCAGAAACGUUACGACAUAUACCCCAAUUUGGUGGAGAGUGCAGUAACGGGAAAGUGAUUUAUUGUUGCGGUUCUGGAUAGGAUUUGCGAUGCAUUUUGUUGUAAAAUAAAAGAAAAACAAUGAAGAAUCCCG